AUGCGCCUGUUCACUACCGGCCGAGCCCUGCGUGCUAGCAGUAGCCGCUGGUCAAUUACUUCGUUUUGCAGGAUCCCCAUUGCACGUUCAUAUGCGCUGCACGAGCCCAUCGCAUCUGUUCGCCAAUGGAGCUCAACCACAGCCCGCCGCUCCGCCGAGCAGGACACGAAGGCACGUCGAGGGAUGAGCACAGCUUCUCCGACAUCCCAGAAACCCUCGAAUCUCACCAUCGAAGGCAAGUCAUACCCCGCCGACCAAUGGACAAACACCCCCGAGACAAUCCUGUCGCACGUCGGCCGCCGACUCUACCUCGACGACAACCACCCUCUCGCCAUUACUCGCCAACUCAUUGAGAGCCAGUUCCCCACCCCAAUAUUUGGCAACUACUCCGAAAAAACCCGGUUGUACCACCCGGGUCGUAGUCGUACGGAUACCUACUACAUCAACGAGAAGACGGUGCUGCGCACCCACACGAGCGCGCACCAGCAGGCGUACUUCCAGCAGAUCAAUCGCAACGAGCAGACCCGCCCCGAGGAGGUCGGCUACACCGUCAUCGCGGAUGUCUUCCGCCGCGAUGCGAUCGACCGCAGUCAUUACCCGGUCUUUCACCAGAUGGAGGGAGCGAUGUUGUGGAAGCGCCCAUCGAAAGAUCCACUAGCACACUCUGCAGACACGGCAGCUAAGAUCACGGCAGACCUGGAGAAGAUCCCACGCCACGACGUCGUCGUUGAAGACCCCAACCCGACUAUCCACCCCCAACGAAACCCGCUCCAGGCGGAGCACCACAGCGCCGAGGAAGUCGAGGCGGUCGCCACACAUCUGAAACGGUCGCUGGAACGCAUGGUAAUCCGGAUCUUCACUGAGGCCAGCAAGGCGGCGGCGGCCAGCACGGGGACCGAAGUCGACCCGGAGCCUCUGAAAGUGCGCUGGGUCGAGGCCUACUUUCCGUUCACGAGUCCGUCGUGGGAGCUGGAAGUCUUCUGGCAAGGCGACUGGCUGGAGAUUUUGGGAUGCGGCGUUAUCAAGCAAGACCUUCUGAUCAGCUCCGACGUCCCGGACCGCAUCGGCUGGGCCUUUGGGCUGGGAUUGGAACGCAUCGCCAUGCUGCUAUUCAACAUCCCGGACAUCCGCCUGUUCUGGUCGCGCGAUGAGCGCUUCCUGUCUCAGUUCCGUGCGGGGCAUAUCUCACGCUUCGAGCCUUUCUCUAAGCACCCGGCUUGCUACAAGGACGUCGCCUUUUGGUUGCCCCCCGCCGCUGUCAGCGGUGGGAGCAGUGCUGCGGGCGGUGCUGUGCCCUUCCACGAGAACGAUGUCAUGGAAAUUGUGCGCGGGAUUGGCGGGGAUUUGGUCGAGGAUGUUGCUCUGAUUGACGAGUUUACGCACCCGAAGACUGCCCGCAAGAGCAUGUGCUACCGCAUCAAUUACCGCAGCCUGGAACGCACCUUGACGAACGAGGAGGCCAAUGACAUGCAUGAUAAGGUCCGGUCGAGGCUGGUCGGAGAGCUUGGUGUCCAGCUGAGGUGA